AUGGGAAUCUUCGACUACAUCUGGUCUUCUGACGCUAUGCUAUUUGAGUCAAACGUAACCCGUAAAGUACAUUCUUUUCCAGGAUCAAUCGGUCAAGCCACUGCCUCAGACCGUCGAUACUUGUCUCGCCUGAGCUCUCAGACCCCGGGGUAUGAACCAGGUGUUCAUGAAGCGGCCAUUACCUCCAGUCUUCAUUUCCCGGGUAGGAAUAACCGAGAAGUUUUUAUACCUGAAGCAUACACGGAGGCUUUCCAGUGGAUCUAUGAUGGGCGGCGCGAAGCAGAGCCUGGCUCUGAGCCUCGGGUCGGUUUUGUGCCAUGGCUAAAGGGCGACGCCAAGGAGCCAUACUGGAUUACUGGAAAACCUGGCGCGGGUAAAUCGACCCUUAUGAAGUUUGUUACGAAAGACGCAAGAACGCGCCAGCACCUUCUCAAAUGGUCUUCACAGCGGCCGUUGAUCCUAGCAUCAUUCUACUUCUGGAACGCCGCAGCGUCACAGCUACAAAAGUCGCAGACAGGGCUGCUUAGAUCUCUGCUAGUACAGUGCAUAGAGCAAAUGCCUACUAUAUGCAGAAAAGUAUGUCCUCGUCGAUGGGCUUUCCUCAGAUUGUUUGGCGUCGGUUUCCUUCAAGACGCACCAGAAUGGACAUGGGAAGAACUCAACGAAUGCUUUCAGGCUACGACGGCAUUGAUUGGUGACCAGUUCAAUCUGUCGCUGUUCAUCGACGGUCUUGACGAAUUUGAUGGCCAGUACCAAGACCUCAUCAAGUUUGUCGAAUUAUUUCAGAGCCGCAGUAGAGUUAAGAUUCUCGUCAGCAGUCGCCCGGAAAACAAAUUCGUGGGCGCAUUCCAAGAAAAUCCGGGCUUAAAGAUGGAGCAUUUCACUGCCACAGAUGUAAGAAGGUUUGCCCAGGGGAAGCUCAACCGCACAAGGGGGUUUUGGGAGCUGGUCCAAGCAAACCCCAUUGAGGCUGAAGGGCUAGUCACCGGCGUUGUCGAAAAGGCAACAGGUGUCUUCCUCUGGGUAUCUGUUGUUGUUCGGGCCUUGUGCGAAGGGCUGACAGAGGGCGACAGUUUGACCGACCUGCGUCGUCUCCUAGACACCUUACCAACCGACCUGUCGGACUUGUAUUCCAGCAUUUGGGCCAGAAUCAGGCCAGAUCAUAGAGCCCAUUCCUCCAGGCUCUUCCAGAUACACCGCUGCUCCACGACCCUGCUGGACGUCGCUACUCUUUACCUAGCUGAUAUGGGGACCAACGAUGCACUAGCACAAGUCGGCUCAAGAAUAGCCGACGCAUCACGCAUUCACAUCACUCAAACCCUUGCAAGAAGACUAAAUAGCAGGACUCGUGGACUGCUAGAGAUAUCGAACGACGGCAACGUGGAUUUCCUGCAUCGCAGCGUUCGAGAUUGGACAGUGUCAAAGUGGGACGAGAUCUGUUCCACGACCGGUCUGGAAUUUGAUCCUCACCUAGCCCUUGCUUACGGCUAUUACUGUUGA